AUGCUUUCAGUUGGUUAUAAAUACAUAAUUCUGUUGUUUCUUAUUGUUGUUGUGAUUGGAUCUGAGUCAGACUUGUCAGGAAAAAGCUCACUUGAUUCCUUACUUCAAGAAUAUGCUUUCAAGGCAUUGAGAUUUCCAGAAACUAAAACAGGUACUCCUUAUAACGGAUCUGUUCCUUCCAAUUUGAGUGGGAUUAGAAUUUCUGCUUUAAUGCUUAAAAGGGACAGCUUAAAAUGGAGAGGUUAUGGUUACUAUAAUGAAUUUUUUAUCCCAACUGUGGUCAUUGAGGAGCCUUAUGUAGAGGAUCUUGUUCUGGUUUACCAAAACAUUGGUGAUUAUUGGUCCUCAUAUUAUUAUUCUUUGCCUGGUUACACUUAUCUAGCACCAGUUUUGGGAAUCUUAGCUUAUGAUGCUUCUAAUUUGUAUGCCACAAAUUUACCGGAAUUGGAUAUUUUAGCGAUGGAUGAUCCUAUUACUAUCAAGUUUCCUUAUGUGCAGCCUGCCCCAGAGGGAUCUUUGCCCAAAUGUGUUUAUUUCUACUCCAAUAAUUUGGUCGAAUUUGGGGAUGUUACAGAUGGAAAUAUUUGUGAGACAAGAAUACAAGGCCACUUUGCUAUAGUUGUUGAGGUGUCUGUUGCUCCAAGUCCUUCUCCUGCUGCUGAUGAAAUUGCUCCAAGUUUUCCUCCUACUCCUCAUGAUGAUAAUAAUGAUCAUCAAAAGAACAAAUCUGAAAUAUGGAUUAUUUCAUUGGUAGUAUUUCUAGUUUUUGCUCUAUUCGGAAUAUUGUUUGUUAUUGUAAAACGGUUUGGAUUAUUAGAAAAAAGACAGAGGUUGUAUGAUUCAGCAGAAAUUGUUGAGCCCUUGUUAGGGAACACUGAGGUGACAUUGCCAUUGGAAGCUCCAAGUAGACCAUUGCUAGAGAACGACUACGUGCUUUAG